GAAUGGGGGGGCGGUAUGGGGGGUACCAGGUGUGUUACUGACCCCGCCCAACUGCUGCCCCCUCCCAGGCUGGACCUGAGCAACUGCUCCCUGCACAGUGUCCCCCUGGAACUGGCCGAGGCCACCGCUGCCAUCGUCCUGGACCUGACUGAGAACCCGCUGACAUCCCUCCCCAACGGCUCCUUCCUGGGCUUCACCCACCUGCAGCUCCUCGCGGUGCCGGCGGCGCUGGAGUGUCCGGGCGGGAGUGACGCCUGGCAGGAUGUGACAGUGGACGGGAGCAUCCGGCAGUGCCGGGGCCAGAAAAACCCCUGCAACGGCUCCGCGGAGCUCGCCUGGCUGUGUCCCGAAAACUCCGCGUGUGCCCCCGAUGGCCCCGGCCUCGUCCAGUGCCUCUGUGACAGCCCCUUCCACAGCUACAAGUGCCUGCGUGAGGGCACGUUCCCGGUACUACUCUUCGGUGGGAUCCUGGGCACUGCCACCGUAUCCCUGUCCCUGCUGCUGUGGGGCACCCAGCGGAGGAAGGCCAAGACCCCCUGAGUGGGGCAGGGGGCUGUGGAUGGGCAGGGGACCCCCUGGCCUGGGGGUCUCUGUGCCCAGGCCUGGCUGUCCCUGUGGCUGCCAGGGAUCAAUAAAGCCACAGGUUUUCACCAUG